CAGAUGGGUGGGGCCUAUGUUAAUGGCAAGGCACUUUCCGAGUCCGUGCGACGACAGAUCGUAGAGAUGUCCCAGAACAACAUUCGUGCUUGCGACAUCGCCAAGCAACUCAAAGUUUCACAUGGAUGUGUCAGCAAGCUGUUGAAGAAAUAUCGAAACACAGGUUCUUAUAAAGCUGGCUCGACAGGUGGAUCCAAGCCAAAGGUUGCCGUACCGGAAGUUGUGAAGAUGAUUAUGGGAUAUAAAGAUGAAAAUCCCACCAUAUUUGCCUGGGAGAUACGGGAGAGGCUGAUUAAAGAGAGAAAGGUUACAAAGUUUAACAUCCCAAGCAUAAGUUCCAUCAACAGGAUCUUGCGUAUCAAUCCAUCCGACACAACCCGGCGUUCCUCCUUGGGAUCUAGUUCUUCCCCGUCAUCAUCUGAAAGUUCUGUAAGCCCACCCAUCCUUGUCAAGCGCUCCCCCGUUGGUUAUAGUAUCAAUGCUAUCUUAGGGCACCAGAAUGCACCAGAGAAUUCUGAAGUUUCCUCAACACCGAUAAUGCCUCAACUGCGGAAACGGAAGUUUGGUGAAAUUGAUGAUGGCGAUGAUAUUCUGAAAAUUGCAGUUAAAUCGGCUCGUCUGAUAGAGGAGGAUGAACCCCCAGAAAAAACAACAGAGAAAUCGGAUAGUACCGGAUGUUCAUUGCCAGCUGCUCCACAACCGCCCACUACUGAUCUCUGCAAAGAUCUGGGCUCUCUCCUUGAUAUGCUUCCAUGGGUGCCUUCACAAAUCUCCUCAUUCAAAAGUAAUCCUGCGAAUCAGUUGGACGACUCCUUUGCUUCUCUCAUUGGUUCCAAUAAAGGCACAUUAGGCAAAGAUAUCCAGGAAAAUCAAACAGCACCUGACGAGAAAGAACAACACCAGUUACAUGCGGUGGAUAUAUCAAAGUCAAGCGUUCCAAAGAUUGAGAUGUUUCACACUUCUCUGCCAGCAGUCCAGCCUCACGAGAGUUCCUACUCUCAGCAGAAGUCACAGACCAGCGAGACAACAGUUCCGAGACCUGUACCAUCAUUCACCUGUUCCUCUGGGGCAGUGCCUAACAACCGUCCAGUUCCAUCCACACCCUUCUACCCCGUGCCUUCCUGCUCGCAGCCCUUCAUCACUGGUCUACCUUCCUACAGUUAUCCAAGCUACGUCCCACCACCGUAUGUAACAAACCAGAGGAGUCUCUACCCGGCUACCUCUUUCUCUUCGGAUCCCCUCGCUUCAGCUUUCCAUGCUCCGAUCUCGACUUACACGGGAUACCCAAGUUCAUCUUAUCCAUAUUUUUAUCAACAGUAA